AGUUGCUGCUGGCAGAAUUGUCUUCCGUUUUCCAUCUCCGGUGAAGCCUCGCCCGUCCUCCAUUUCUUGUGAGACUGUCUCUUCAAAACACGCUCCCGUCACCGACUGACGUUCUCCUCGCCAUUUUUUUUCUCCUUAAGUUUUCUCUCUUAAUGCACCUCUCCUGCAUGUUAUUCGUUCGUUCGUAGCAUAAAUAUACAAACGGGAAAGGAAACCGUCCAAUCUUCUCACGAUUCACAGCACUUGGUGCGCUCUUUCCUCUCCUUUGUCUUUUGGUUUUUAGCAUCGUAAUUCUCUUCUUUUUCCUUUUAUGAUACUUUUUUCCCGAUCUACCAUUGUCUGUCAACAUGAGCAAUCACGAGCUUUCUGAGCGGUCGGCCUUGCGUGUUGAGGUGGGGGAGACCGGUGGGUACAAGAGCUGCGACGCCGCACGUGUGGCCUUUCGCAACCGUGACAUCGAGGCGUCCCGCCGUGAGCACAUGAAGCCGAUGCAUCAAGAAAGCCAUAGUUCAAGCGCAACGGAAUACGUAAAGUCCGUUGUUUUUGGUGGUCUGGACGGUAUCAUGACGACCUUUGCUAUCAUUGCCGCUGCGGCAGGCAGUAACGGUAACUACGCGACGGUGCUCAUCUUCGGCUUCUCCAACGUCAUUGCGGAUGGAUUCUCGAUGGGGUUUGGCGAGUACGUGUCGGGAGAGGCGGAGCGCGACAACGCCAUCAUGGAGCGCCGCCGCGAGGAGUGGGAGGUGGAGAAUUCCUUCGACUUGGAGCUGGACGAGAUGGUGCAGAUUUACAUGUCCAAGGGACUGUCGUUCGACGACGCACACACCAUCGUCGGCAUCAUCUCGAAGGACCCGAAGAUGUUUGUCGAUUUCAUGAUGGUCGAGGAGCUGGGACUGUUGGUGGACCUCGAUGACGCGCACGGCCCGAAGAAGCAAGGCGCCGUCAUGUUCGUUUCGUUUCUCGUGUUUGGUGCAAUUCCGCUGCUUGCCUAUUUACCAGGCAAAGGCCAGGGCACCGAUGCCGUCUUUGUCGUCUCGUGCGUGCUGACAGCGAUCUCUCUGAUCGUGCUUGGCGCUGUGAAGGGGUUCCUUGUGGGCUUCAGCAUUUCGCGCUCGGCGGCGUUGAUGGUGCUGAACGGCGCGAUCAGCGGUUUGGUGAGCUUUGUGGCGGGCCAUUUGAUUGAGAUGGCGCUUCGCAAUGAGGUGAGCGGGGCUGCUGCUCCGGUUUAA